AUGGCGCUCUCUUUGCUCGUACUCCUCGCCAUUCUGUCCUCAGGCUGCGCCAUCCCUGCUCCGUCUGUCACCCUGGGUCGCACGACCGUCGUCGGGCGUGCUAUUCCCGAGUUCCAGCAGGAGUUCUUCGGCGGUCUGCCCUACGCCCUGCCGCCAAUUGGCCCUCGUCGCUUGUCGCCGCCGGUGCUCACGACCCAGCUUAACGUAGAGACGUUCGAUGCGAGCGAAUAUGGGUUCUCGUGUGUGCAACUGCCCCAAGAGCAAGGCGUGCCACUGGAGAACAUGUCCGAAGAUUGCUUGACUAUCAACAUCCUUCGCCCAGCCGAUCUACCCCGCAAUGCGCUACUUCCUGUCAUGUUUUGGACCUACGGCGGUGGCUUCGUCGGCGGGAACUCCAGCGUAUAUAACGCCAGUGUCGUCGUCGCCCAGAGUGUCGCUCGGGGCACCCCCGUCGUCUACGUGAACUUCAAUUACCGCCUCGGCGCGCUUGGCUUUCCUGUCGGCGCAGACGCGGCGCGCGCUGGCUCAUUAAACCUGGGGAUGAAAGACCAGCUUACGGCACUCAAAUGGGUACACGCAAACAUAGGCGCGUUUGGCGGAGACAAGACCAAGGUCACCAUUUUCGGCGAGAGCGCGGGCUCCAUGAUGACGAGCGUGCUCUUUUUCAAUCCAGAUCUGGAAAUGUUUGUCCGCGCAGCGAUCUUGGAAUCCGGAUUGGCCGCAACGAUGGGGCUAUACCCGCCAACACGUAACCAGGGCUCGUGGGACAGCUUCAUAGCCGCCAUCCCGGAAUGCGCCUCCCUCCCAGCACGACAGCUCUUCUCCUGCGUCAAAAACAAUGCAAGCACGAGCUCUAUCCUGACGGCGACCGCGACGGUCAAGGCGGCGUCUCUUGACGCCUACCAAUGGAUGCCCGUAGUUGAUGGAGACAUUAUCCCCGACCUACCGUCAAAGCUGCUCGCUGCGGGGCGCUUUGCCAAGAUCCCGUUUAUUGCGGGAACAAACCUAGACGAGGCGACAGGUUUUGACCUGAUAUACCCGUCGUAUGUGGUGGAUUCCACUGACGCGCUGAAAGAAUUGUUGUUUCAGUCUGUUUUUCGGACGAGCGCCAAUCCAGCUGCGCUGCCAUCUGUUGCCCUUCAGAGGGGCGUGGACGAGCUGUUGAAAUUGUAUCCAGACAUCCCUGCGCUUGGCUCGCCGUUUGGCACGGGGAACGCAACAUUCGGGAAGAGCACGACUUUCAAGCGCGCCGCCGCCCUCCUCACGGAUAUGUGGUUCGUCUCCCUCCGGCGGCAAGCAAUGGACGCGGCGACCGCACACGGCCUCCAGCCGUAUGGAUACCUCUUCACGCAGCCGCAACCCGAGGUGCCAGCUGCAUACGGGGUGGCCCACGGCCUCGAAGUUCCAUCUGUUUACGGCGCUCCGUUUGACACGUCGGACUCCUCGGUCGCACUGAGCAAGAUCAUGGUGGACUAUUGGCUGUCUUUCGCGACGAGCCUGACGCCGAACGACGGAUGUGGGGCCCCCAAUGGGAACCGUACUCCGUACACCACAAGGCCAGUCUCGCGCGUACCCCACUCCCUCACUCUGAAUGCGAUCGUACAGGCGGUUAUCCAGCUGAACGGCGCGAAUCUUACGAUGAUCCCGGACAAUUUCCGCUCCGAACAAACCAUGUAUAUGGCUGCCAAUUCUGCACUAUGGGGGCAUUGAUAUUCCAUAUCUUGCACCUGAAAAUAUUUUUC